UAAACACAACUACAGAAUAAAGAGCACUGAGGAUACAGUGAAUAUGCUUUGAACAUAAUGUAUACAAUACAGAGACAAUAACAUAUGUACAAAUAUAUGCAAAGCAUCAUGGGGACGGAUCAAUGUAACUGAAUAUGACAAACUACAUGAACUUAUUGUGGUUUGUCUAUUCUCACUUAAAAACAUUGUGUCUCAUGUACAGACUAUAAGUAACUAUAAGUUACUUAAUUCUACAUAGUCACAGAAUUCCAUAUAUGAUUUAAUAUGAAUUGUAUAAUACAGUGCAACUGCAAGAUGUAGUGAUGUUUAUAUGAGGUAAAUAAAUACAGUUGUCUGCAGUAACCACAGAAAAGAUCACUUACUGCAUAACUUUGUGAAUAUAGAGACCCAUCCGCUUCCGGUUAAGUGACGUUUUCUUUUGUGUGUGUUUUUUUUUUUACGUGUGUGUGGAUAACAAGUAAUAAAUUCUUUUUUAAAUAAUUUCUGUUGUAUCUAGUUAAAACUAUAACUAUAUUAAUCUAUGUCAGAGAGGCAAUAAGACAUCUUUCUACUGUAAAACAUUCAACAGGACUUCGGGAAAAUGGAAAACUGCAGUGUGAAGCGAAGACGUUAAAACAGCGAGGAUCAAAAACUUCCUCUAAAAUGGUCUAAAUGUAUUCUGACAAAAUAAUGAAACCCACGCGUCUGAAACUUCUUUUGAACAUAUUCGGACCUUACUGGAAACUGCAUGUUUGUAUCUGUGCUACUUUCACAUAUGGAGAGAAAUGUGGUCAAAGUGAAUAUCGAUCAGCAGCUGACGAAUGCUGUCCUAUGUGUGCUAUGGGAUCAGUGGUUAUGAAAGACUGCCAUGGUGAUUACAGUACAACAUGCAAACCUUGUGCUAAAGGAACAUUUAUGAAUGAACCAAAUGGGCUACAUACCUGCUUUCAGUGUAAAAUCUGUGAAAAUGGCUUUUAUAUUUCACAAGACUGUACAUCAAUGCAGGAUACAGUCUGUGGGGUGUUGGAUGGAUUUUAUUGCAUUCGUUAUUCAGAUGAGAAAAGAGAUUGUUCACUUGCAAUAAAACACACUAAAUGCAAACCUGGGGAACAAAUAAAAACUCCAGGUACAAAGGCAUCAGAUACCAUUUGUGAGCCCUGUUCUCCAGGGUUUUAUUCUCCUGAAGGUGUGAACUGCUCUAAAUGGACAGACUGUACAGGCAGAAAUGAGAUUGAGGACGAAGAAGGCACUUCCAUUAGAGAUGUUCAAUGCAAACCAAGAAACCAGAAUAUGAGAUAUGGCUUCAUAGCAGUUUUACUCAUGGCUGCAGUUGUACUUUUGCUUGUAGUAUUAUACUUGAAGUACAGGCUAGAAAUUAAAAGUACCAGAACAUUAAAUAGUUCUGUAGAGGAAACAGGCCCUCAAACUUCAGUAUUUGCCCCAUCAACCAGUCCACUAAACACAGGAAACAGAACUGCCAGAUUUCCAACCAGAUUCUAACAAGGAACACAUAUUGUGAACUCAUUUAUAAGGAUUUUGUGUUUCUUACCAGCAGCUUUCAAAAUAUUCUUAUUUUUGGAUAACCACCAAAAAAUGUUUUUUAAGGAUAAUGGCUCUUAUGGUGCUCUAUUGCCCCUUUUCCACCAAGAAUGUUUGAGUGCUGGUUCAGAGCCAGAGCCUAAUUUAAAAUCAGUUCUUUCUUUUUCGACACCCAAUGCACCAGCUCUGAACCAGGAAAAGUGGUUGUGUCAGGGGCUGAGCGCAGGGAUACUGUGACCAACAGGACAAAAGAGAACGCCGUUGGCGCCAUUUGUAAAUCAUUUUAAAUCAGGAUUUGUCGUGUUUGGAUGCCAAUGUAGGUUUGCAAAACCAUGAGUAUUUACCCUAAAGCAACAUUGAUGCCAUUGUUGAUGUGUUUGUAUUUGCACACUGCUUCUAGUUUUUCACAGUUAACACACCGCUUACCCUCCCUGUGUUUUUGCUUCUUAGGGAAUGCCUAAAUAUUGCCCGUUUUGAUUUAAAUUGUUACUUUUCUAACACUAAUUUUGUAACUGUUAUUUGUUUUUUUUUAUACAUUGAAACAAGCAUUAAACCAAUAUAAUUUUUUUCAUA